UUUGUUAUCAAUGGCGGCAAACUAAAAACUAAUGUCACCUGUAUACUUAAUGUAUCUUGUUUUUGAACUUUGUAUAAAGAAGAAUUCUAACAUCCACAGUCGCCAUGUUUAAUCCGAAACAAAAUUCUGUACAUAGCAACCUUGAUUUUGUCGUAGUUACAGAAGUUUACAAGUGUUUGCGAGGCAAUAAGGACAAUUUUACUGACUUUACAGUCAACAUUGGCGACUUCCAGUUCAACUGUCACAAAUUUGUCUUAAGUUCCUGCUCUGGUUUCUUUGAGGCUCUCAUGAGGACAGAUAUGAGAGAAAAAUCUGAAUCAAGUUGUACCAUAGAGGGUAUCUCACCAGAAAUAUUUGGACUCAUACUGGAUUUCAUCUAUGAAGGGAGAAAUGUUCUAAAUGACGAUAAUAUCCUUGCCAUAUGGCAUGCUUCAAACCAACUGCAGAUAACAUUUUUAGUUUUAUUAUGUGAACACUUUGUAAAAGAGAGAGUAAAUUUACAAAACUACUGGGAUAUACUUUUAACUGCUCAGCUGUUGGACUCUUUAGAUGUUAUAAAUAGAGUUAGACUGUUUAUGGUGAAGAAUGUUCAGAAGAUUUUAGAAUCAGACGCCUUCGUUCAACUCUCGUUUGACGAUUUUAAAUACAUUUUAAACCACUGUAGGUACCAGUAUUAUAGAACCGAUUUUUUCGUGCAAUCUGUUUUAAAAUGGACAUGUUCAGAUGACGACUAUCUCACAGAUGAGCCGAAGAAAUGUUCCAGCAUGAUUCACUCGCCAGAGACAGGAACUGAUUCACUAAAAUUAAAAUGUAGAAAGGUGAACUCUACAACUGAUGAACGGGGGGAUUUAACGUCCAGAAGAUCAUACCUUGGUCAAUUACUUGCAUUAAUUUCUCUCCAGAGAACGAGCAACGAGUGCCUAGCCAAACUUAUGAACAAUAAAUUUGUCAUCCAAAAUGUACAAGCCAUGACUAUUGUCAACAAGAUCGCUGCCACACGAUUUGGUCCCACAAAAUUUGGUCCCACAAAAUUUGGUCCCACUAAACUUGGUACCACAAAAUUUGGUGCCACAAAAUCAGAAACGAUUAUUCAACCUUCCACAUCAAUUUCACAUUCAUCAGAAUCAAGCUCCGAGGAUGAAUCCGAUGAAACCCCAGGAAGCACAUCUAUAUCAGAUUACAAUUUUAAUGUAAUCAGAGAUUUGUUUCAGAGCCUCACCAAUAGUCAUGAUCAACCUACGAUCCAACAUUCUAAUCGAUCCAGUGAUUUGUUUUCAGAAAAUUGUCUAAUUUUCGUUUUAAACAUAUGUAUGGUAGUUUGCUUUGCAUGUGCAUUAGUGUUGCUUUAUCUACUCAUUUGUGAAAUUAUGUAACAUGUCUGAACUAUAAACACACCCUCAUCUAAAAACAAUCGAUCUGUUACUACAAGCACAAGGUAAUCACAAGUGCUGCCAUUCAACACAAUUACAUUCAAUACCACCUGUCUCAAUUACGCCAACGUUUUGAUUUAACUACAUUAUCGAUUUUGAUUGUAGCACUGAACGUAUGCAUACGUUGUUUGUAUUUUGUUUAAUUAGAGGUAGGCCGUUGUUCAGUGUAAAUUUUAUCUCGAGGCCAUUUUGAAACACACACAUUUUAACAGUGCCUUUACUUAAGUGGAAACAAAGCAACUUUUGAUUUUAUUUAUUUUAGCUCUUUUAUACAAAUUGUUUCGAUUAAUUUCUUAAAAAAAAACAACAACUAAUUGUGUCGUAUUCUGCUGUACUAGAUUAACAUCAAGU